AUGGAAAACCUUACGAUCUCUGAUGCCCCUCCUCCUGGAGCUCGGGGCCAUGCACAGGGUCCCCCUCAAUUGCCCCCGCAGAUGUUCACGACAGCUGCUCAACUUCUCGAUCUAACGGAUAAGAAGCUCAUGGUUGCCCUACGUGACGGAAGGAAAUUGAUUGGCGUAUUGAGGAGUUGGGAUCAGUUCGCAAACUUGGUUCUACAGUCAACAACCGAAAGGAUAUUCGCCCUGAAGCCCGGCACCGACCCCUCCGCCCCGGAGGGCUACUACGCCGACGUAGCCCACGGCAUCUUCCUCAUCCGGGGUGAGAAUGUGCUCCUCCUGGGCGAAAUCGACCUCGACAAGGACGACGACCCGCCACCAAAUUUCGAGCCCGCCGAUGUAGAGCUCGUCAAGAAGCUGGCCGAGGAGAAGAAGGCCCAUGACAAGGCCAGGGACAAGAAGAGGUUGCAGAAGCUGGCUACCAUGGGCUUUGAGGGCGAGAACUUGGGCGAGGUCGUAUUUUGA